AGAGAGAGCUACGCGACAGGGAGACCUGACAGCUCCUUGUAUGUGCAGAGAAGAAGAGAGAGAGAGAGAGAGAGAGAGGGUGCUUGUCUUUAGAGAGAGAAAGAGAGAAGAGGAGUUUGAUUUUUGAAUGUCAAGACGGUGAUUGUUAAUAGUAUUGUCUCUGUGUCUGGUAGUGCUUAAAUCUCGAAUGCUUUGGCUGGGAUUUUUCAAACUCGAGCUGCUCCUACUACUUUUAUUUUUUUAAACGAUUUGGACAGUUCAAUAGUCUCUAUCUCGACUAGGCAACAAAAACAGCUUCUGGGUUUCUUUCGUUUUCAAAUUGAGUUUAUGGGUUUCUGACUCUUCACGAUCAACCUGUUGUUGAUUGUUGAUUUUGGAAGUAUCACCGAAAUCCUGCUCUUUUAUUGAGAGUAAAAAAGAGGGAGAAAGAUAGUUGUGGAGAUUUGAAGGUGAAGGUGAAGCUAUGGUGGGGUGGUUUGCUUUCCUAAGAAAAAGCUGAAAUGCUGGUUCUUGAGUCUUAAAGCUUCUUAUAGUGUGCUUUUGUCAAGAAAGAGAGAGGUGAGUACUGUCUGGUGGCUGUUAAUUGACGAGAGCUUUUGGAAGUUAAGGAAAGUCAAAGCAAAUUGAGCUUUUGCAUCUCUAUAAUUCAAGUUAAUCCAUACCCACAUUCAAAAUCAUGGUGGAAGACGAUAACAACAACGUUUUGGUUGAUAUGUCAACUGAAGAGUGGUUAUCACAUGCCCAAGAGCUUGUUCCAAUGGCCCUCCAGAAGGCUAAGCAGGUUAAGGGUUUCAUUGGAAGGUGGAAGAUCAUAAUUUCCAAAUUGGAGCAGAUUCCUUCUCGUUUAUCAGAUUUGUCAAGCCAUCCUUUCUUCUCAAAGAAUGCACUUUGCAAGGAACAACUACAGACUGUGUCAAAGACAUUGAAAGAGGCAAUUGAUUUGGCUGAAUUAUGUGUGAAGGAGAAGUACGAAGGGAAGCUCAGGAUGCAAAGUGAUCUUGAUGCUUUGUCGGGGAAGCUGGAUUUGAAUUUGCGAGAUUGUGGGCUUUUGAUCAAGACUGGUGUCCUUGGAGAGGCUACUUUGCCUUUGACAUUGGCUGGUUCUCAGCAAGAGCCGGAGGCUGUGACACGUAGCAAUAUAAGGGAAUUGCUUGCCAGGCUUCAGAUUGGCCACUUGGAGUCAAAGCACAAAGCUCUUGACAGUUUAGUUGAAGUCAUGAGGGAGGAUGAAAAGAAUGUUUUGACUGUUUUGGGGCGGAGUAAUAUUGCUGCAUUAGUUCAAUUGUUAACAGCAACUUCUCCCUGCAUACGUGAGAAGACUGUGACUGUAAUCUGCUCGCUUGCAGAAUCAGGUGGUUGUGAUAAUUGGCUUGUUUCUGAAGGCGUUUUACCUCCCCUUAUAAGGCUUGUUGAGUCUGGCAGUGCGGUGGGGAAAGAGAAGGCUACAAUUUCACUUCAAAGGCUGUCAAUGUCUGCUGAGACUGCCAGGGAAAUUGCUGGGCAUGGUGGGGUUCGGCCUCUGAUUGAGGUAUGCGGAACUGGUGAUUCUCUGUCACAGGCAGCUGCUGCUUGUUCUUUGAAGAAUAUAUCAGCUGUCCCUGAGGUUCGACAAACUCUAGCAGAAGAAGGGAUUGUAAAGGUCAUGAUCAAUCUCCUUGAUUGUGGAAUUCUUUUGGGAUCUAAAGAAUAUGCAGCGGAGCUGUUGCAGAAUCUCACUGCAAGCAAUGAGAGCCUUAAAAGGUCUGUGAUUUCAGAAGGUGGUAUUCGGAGCCUAUUGGCAUACCUUGAUGGUCCUUUGCCCCAAGAAUCCGCAGUAGGGGCAUUGAGGAACUUGGUUGGAUCAGUUUCUAUGGAAAUGUUGGUUUCUCUUGGCUUCCUUCCUCGUUUGACUCAUGUGCUUAAAACUGGAUCACCCAGUACACAACAAGCUGCUGCAUCGGCAAUCUGUCGGGUUUGCAACUCAACUGAGAUGAAAAAACUGGUGGGCGAAGCAGGUUGCAUUCCCCUGCUAGUCAAGAUGCUUGAAGUUAAAUCAAACAGUGUUAGAGAGGUUGCUGCACAAGCUAUUUCAAGCUUGAUUACCCUUUCAACGAAUUGCAGAGAAGUUAAAAGGGACGAUAAAAGUGUGCCAAAUUUGGUCCAACUACUUGAUCCAAGCCCACAGAGCACUGCGAAGAAAUAUGCCGUGUCCUGCCUUAUGUCUCUCUCUUCAAGUAAGAAAUGCAAGAAACUGAUGAUUUCAUAUGGAGCAAUUGGGUAUCUAAAGAAGCUUAGCGAAAUGGAUGUACCAGGUGCCAAAAAGCUGCUAGAACGGUUGGAAAGGGGAAAGCUAAGAAGCUUGUUCAGCAGGAAAUAGAGGAAGCAACAUUCUCCUUUUGUACCAUGAAGGUUUUUCUUUUCUGUACAAGUAUUGUUUCAUUAUCUGUAUGAAACAAAGCAGUCUAGAUCUGAAUCAAAGUUCUUAAGUAUUAAUUCUAUGCAGUCAAAGUUUAAUUAUUUAUAAAUAUAAAAUGUUCCUCUAUGUCUAUUUCUGCAGA